AUGGCGGAGUUCCGGGCGCUCGGGCUGGCGCCGUGGCUGGCGGAGCAGGCGCGGCAGGUGGGGCUGGUGCGGCCCACGCCCGUGCAGGCGGCCUGCAUCCCGGCCAUACUGCAGGGCCAGGACUGCCUGGGCUGUGCCCACACCGGCUCCGGUAAGACCGCGGCGUUCGUGCUGCCGGUGCUGCAGGUGCUCUCCGAGGAUCCCUUCGGCAUCUUCUGCCUCGUGCUCACCCCCACCAGGGAGCUGGCGUCUCAGAUCGCCGAGCAGUUCCGGGUGCUGGGCAAACCCCUGGGGCUGAAGGACUGCGUGGUGGUGGGAGGGCUGGACAUGGUGGCCCAGGCCCUGGAGCUGGCCCGCAGGCCCCACGUUGUCAUCGCCACCCCCGGGCGCCUCGCCGACCACCUGAGGAGCUCCAGCACCUUCAGCCUCAGCAAGAUCAAGUUCCUGGUGCUGGACGAGGCUGACCGCCUGCUGGAGCAGGGCUGUGCGGAUUUCAGCGCUGACCUGGAGCUGAUCCUGGGGGCCGUGCCCGCGCGCCGCCAGACCCUGCUCUUCAGUGCCACCCUCACGGCCACCCUGAGCCAGCUGCAGGCCCUGGCUGCCAACAAACCCUUCUUCUGGGAGGCUGUGUCCCCGGUGAGGACAGUGGAGGGGCUGGAGCAGAGGUACCUGCUGGUGCCUGAGGCUCUCAAGGACGCUUACCUGGUGCACCUGGUGCAGAGCUUCCAGGAGCAGCACGAGGACUGGGCCAUCAUCAUCUUCACCAAAACCUGCAAGGACUGCCAGGUGCUGAACAUGAUGCUGAGGAAAUUCAAAUUCCCUUCCGUGGCUCUGCACUCCAUGAUGAAACAGAAACAGAGAUUUGCAGCUCUGGCCAAGUUCAAGUCCAGCAUCUUCAGGAUCCUCAUCGCCACUGACGUGGCUGCCAGAGGUUUGGACAUCCCAGCAGUGCAGGUUGUCAUCAACCACAACACCCCAGGGCUGCCCAAAAUCUACAUCCACCGCGUGGGGCGGACGGCGCGGGCUGGCAGGAGUGGCAGGGCCAUCACCCUGGUGACACAGUAUGACAUCCACCUGGUGCACGCCAUCGAGGAGCACAUCAAGCUGAAGCUGCAGGAGUUCUCUGUGGAGGAGCAGCAGGUGCUGAACAUCCUGACCCAAGUGAACGUCACCAGGAGGGAGUGUGAGAUCGAGCUGGAGGGGAUGGACUUUGAUGAGAAGAAGGAAAUCAAUAAAAGGAAACAAAUGAUCCUGGAGGGGAAGGACCCCGAGCUGGAGGCCCACAGGAAGGCCGAGCUGGCCAAGAUCCGCAGCAGGAACCGGCAGUGCCGGCAGCGGCUGCAGCAGCAGCUGCACAGGAGGAAGGAGCUGCAGCUCAGCAGGAAACUGCACAGGAGCCUGGAGAGGAGGAGGAGGAAGAGGGAGGAGAAGGGGGAGGAAGAGCAGUGACACCCCUGGAGGAAGAGCAGUGACACCCCUGGAGGAAGAGCAGUGACACCCCUGGAAUGGCUGCUGGGGAAAAUUGGGGUUGGACAUUUGGGGUAACGGGAGCUGAGAUCAGGAAUGGAUCCAAAAUCCUGGGGGGGAGCUCAGAGCUCAAACUGAGCCAGGUCUGGAACAUUCCAGGGAUGGAGCAGCCACAGGAAAUCUGGGAAU